CGCUACCGGGUCAUUAAAUUAUCUUGUCGGGGUAAAUAAAAAUGCAGUACACAUUUUGAUUGAAGUCAGGCUUAAUAUUUCUAUGUAGUUUUAAUUGGUGCAAGAGGUUUGUUUGCCAUCAGGCUUAUUUGUGUUUAUUAUCUGUGCAAACAAAGAACUUUGCUUUGGGUUGUAAGCAGUUUGUCAUAAACAUGGCUCCAACGAUUCAGACACAAGCUCAGCGGGAAGACGGCCAUAGUAGGCCGUCCUCACACAGAACUGUUCCAGAGAGGUCAGGUGUAGUCUGUCGAGUGAAGUAUUGCAACAGCCUGCCUGACAUCCCCUUUGACCCCAAAUUCAUCACAUAUCCAUUUGAUCAGCACAGGUUUGUACAAUAUAAAGCCACUUCUCUCGAGAAGCAGCACAAGCAUGAGCUCCUGACUGAGCCAGACCUCGGGGUCACCAUUGAUCUCAUCAACCCAGACACCUACCGCAUAGACCCCAGUAUCCUGUUGGACCCAGCUGAUGAAAAACUGCUGGAAGAGGACAUCCAGGCUCCAUCCAGUUCAAAGAGGUCACAGCAGCAUGCAAAAGUGGUCCCGUGGAUGAGAAAGACAGAAUAUAUUUCCACAGAGUUUAACAGAUAUGGCGUUUCCAAUGAGAAAGUGGAAGUCAAGAUUGGUGUAUCUGUCAAACAGCAAUUUACAGAAGAAGAAAUCUACAAGGACAGAGACAGCCAGAUUUCUGCUAUUGAGAAGACAUUUGAGGAUGCACAGAAGUCGAUUACGCAGCACUACAGUAAACCCAGAGUUACUCCUGUGGAGGUGCUACCUGUGUUCCCCGACUUCAAGAUGUGGAUCAACCCAUGCGCUCAGGUCAUCUUUGACUCUGAUCCUGCACCUAAAGACAUAUCAGGACCAGCGGGAGUGGAAAUGAUGUCUCAGGCCAUGAUCAGAGGUAUGAUGGAUGAGGAAGGAAAUCAGUUUGUGGCCUACUUCCUGCCCAAUGAGGAAACACUUCGCAAACGCAAGAGAGACUGCGAUGAGGGGAUGGAUUAUAUGCCUGAGGAUCUGUAUGAUUACAAGAUUGCCAGAGAGUACAACUGGAAUGUCAAGAACAAAGCCAGCAAGGGUUAUGAGGAGAACUACUUCUUCAUCUUCAGAGAUGGAGAUGGUGUUUACUACAACGAGCUUGAGACGAGGGUGCGUCUGAGCAAGAGGAGAGCCAAGGCUGGAGCACAGUCGACCACAAACGCUGUGCUGGUGUGUAAGCACAGAGACAUGAACGAGAAGGAGCUCGAAGCCCAGGAAGCGCGUAAGGCUCAGCUGGAGAACCAUGAGCCAGAAGAUGAAGAGGAAGACAUGGACAUGGAUAAGGACAUACAGGACUCUGGUGAUGAUAAAGAGAAGGGCAGCGGCAGUGAGGCAGAGAACUCUGGUAGCGAAUCUGAGCGGGAAGAUGACGACCGCGAACAAAGGGGAGAAGACGACGAUGAGGAUGAGGAAAGAGGGAAGCGGAGGAGGAAGGCAAGCGGCAGCGGAAGUGAGAGCGGCGAGGAGAGGACCAGAGAAAUGCGAGAUGAGGAAGAGAUCUUCGGCAGCGACGACGACAGCGACGACAACGAGCCCAAGAACUCAGGCAGGAGCAGCGGGGAGGACGGCAGUGGGAGCGAGGAUGAAGGAGGGCACAGAGGAGGCAGCAGGAGUCGCAGUGCCUCUCCAGCACACAGCGACCGCAGCAGUGAGCACUCAGAGAGAGCUCAGAGUGGAAGUGGAAGUGAGAGGGGCUCAGAUUCCAGUGAUGCCAGUGACAGUGAAUAAGAUGUGUGGUCCAUACUGCAAGGUGAUGGCCAUCUAUCCUAUCUGUAUGUUCAGCUACCCUUUCAGUGACCCCGAUCUUAGCUCAGUCUGGGGCUGUAGUGUCUUGAUGAUUGCAAGUCUCAAAAGAAAUUUUGUGUGAGAGAUGCUGGAUUUGGACCGGGGACAUCUCUCUUCUGUUCAGUUUUUAUUUUUUGGAUAUUUAACUUGUACACCAGUAGCUAUUUGUAUACCAUACGUCUGUUCUUGUCUGUCAGAUAUUCAGCACAGGAUCAUGUAAAAAUGUCUUUAUUCUCUCAGCUUUCGACAUGUCAUUGUGUUACGGCUUCAAACGAUAAUUAAAUGCAGGUAACAUUUUGUAAGAAACUGAGUGGUCAACGGUUGUUUUGUUUUUUUUUUUUUCCCUAUUUAAGGGAUUUAGUUAACUUUUAAGUAAUCCCAUACAUGUAACAUCUUAUUUUUAGAAGGUGG